AUGCCUAACUGGAAAGAGCUUUUUACCAACAAUGACCGUCGGGGAUUCCCCGAGGUCGUGGUUCCUCUCGCCCAAGGCUCCGCGCCGCAACGGCCGAAAGAUGAAUCCGAUUGCAGUCCUGACCGUGCCUCCCUCCAGGAGAAAGGUGUGAGCGGUACUCACUCGGGUACCACGCUGACUUUAGAAGCCCUGCGAGCCGAAGUGGAGGAAGGUAUUGCUGCCACUGGCCAUGAUAGUGCUUAUGAUCGCAAAGCAAAGGUCAUCAACAGAGCUAUUCAAGACAUUGGUAUGGGUCGUUAUCAAUGGGGACUAUUUGUUCUGUGUGGAAUGGGCUGGGUUGCCGAUAACCUGUGGUUACAGGGAGUUGCACUUACUCUGACACCUCUGGCCACCGAAUUCGGUGUAUCUGAGACCGAUUCUCGCUUUGCAACGUGCUCCCUCUUCGUUGGUCUGAUCAUCGGUGCCUCCUUCUGGGGUAUUGCUUCCGAUGCUAUCGGCCGUCGCCCGGCUUUCAAUAUGACCCUUUGCAUCUGUGGUAUCUUUGGUCUCGCCGCUGGCGGUGGUCCGAACUGGGUGGGAACUUGUGCGCUUUAUGCCUGCCUGGGUCUUGGUGUUGGCGGAAACCUGCCCGUGGAUGCUGCUGUCUUCCUUGAGUGUCUUCCUCCCAAUUCGGGUAACAUCCUGAGUGGAUUGGCUACCUGGUGGUCUGUGGGGACUCUGAUUGCCAGUAUGCUUGCUUGGGCUUACAUUCCCAACUUCUCGUGCGAAACUGCUGCGACUUGCACCAAGGCUGAUAACUGGGGCUGGAGAUACCUUGUUCUGACCCUGGGUGCUAUUACCUUUGUUAUGUUCUUGUGCCGUUUCUUCUUCUUCACUCUUUACGAAUCUCCCAAGUUCCUCGUGUCUCGUGGUCGUCAGGACGAAGCGGUCGCCGCAGUGCAGGGAAUUGCCUAUAAGAACCGCACCACCACCUGGCUCACUGAGGAGGUCCUGAACGAGAUUGGUGGAUACCCGGAGGGAAACAAGAAGCAGUCUCUCUCAACUUUUGAAAUUCUCAAGAGAUCGCUUGAGAGGUUCUCUGUUCAGCAAGUCAAGCCACUAUUCAGAACCAAGCGCCUUGGAAUCUCAACCAUCCUCAUUUGGUUCUGCUGGACCUGCAUCGGAAUGGGCUACACUCUCUUCAACGCUUUCCUCCCUCAAUACCUCUCCGCAAAUUCCACAACUUACGAGACCUACCGCAACUAUGCUAUCACGGCAGUCUGCACAAUGGCUGCUUCGACCGCCAUCACAGGUGUCCUACUCUUCUGCUUUACUGCCUCCAAAGAUCCCAACGUCCAGCUUGUCUGCUCGGCCUUGGAAUCUUUCUUCCAAAUGAUCAUGUACGGUGUUUUGUACGCCUACACGCCCGAAGUGUUCCCGGCACCGAACCGAGGUACUGGCUCUGGAAUCGCCAGUUGUUUGAACCGUAUCGCGGGUCUUAUGGCCCCUAUCAUUGGUAUCUAUGCUAAUACUGAUCCGGUCACUCCGAUCUAUGUUGCUGGUGCGUUGCUACUGGCUGCCUUUGUGGCGAUGGUCUUCUUGCCUAUUGAGACGCAAGGAAAACAAUCUAUGUAA